AUGAGUGCUUCUGAAGAGCAUUUGUCGCUGACUGUGAAAAUCAGUAUUGUUGUGUCGCUUCUACUGUUCGUCUCAGAAGGCAUUAACUACUCACAAUUGGCGCCAUUCUUCCCAAAUGAAGCGGAGCUGAAUAAGGGCCUGAGUGAGUUCCUGGUGGGAGCGAUCACGUGCUGCUUCGAUUUUGCCAAUCUCUUCCUCACUGCAUGUCUGCCUCUCAUUGCCACUCCACAGCUGAACAAGUUCUUCUUCAUUGCAGGUGCCACUUUCGGAGCAGUCUCCAAUAUAUGCUUCGGAGUUUUGGGAAAAGGACCAGGUGGCUCGAGAUAUGCAGUUAUGUGUUUAUUCAGCCGAAUAACAAUGGGCAUGGGCGCUGGCAUGUUAUGGUCUACUGGGAUUCCUGCGAUUGUGUCCAUGGCACCCGCCUACGCCGGACGACUCACAUCACUAAUCGAAUCUGGAGUGGGUUUGGGAGUUGCUAUUGGUCCCCCCAUUGGUUCUCUGGUUUAUAGUCUAGGGGGGUACAUGUAUCCGUUUGUGAUUUCGGGGUCCAUUGAAAUUGUGUUAGUGGUUAUUGCAGUUAUUGCGAUGCCGACCAGACCUGCUCGGUCUGAGAAGCCCAGAUCAACUGAAGAAAAUGAACAACACGAAGAAUUGCCGAAGAACGAUGAUAAGUAA